AUGCUUUCUCUAAUUGUAAUUUUGUAUACGAAGAUUUUAUUGAUUUCUCGAGCUCAUCUCAACUCAAUAUCAGAGUUCGAUCCAAAGUCUUCUACUGUCACGAGGGCUCAGACGCCAAGCGUACUGCAUCAGAGCUUAUCUCAGUCAACUGCCUCCCUCUCCGGCGGCCGUAGAUACUCAAUCUCAAACUACUUUUCCCAGUCUUCAAGGUCUGGAAGGCAUCAAAGCAUCAUCGCAAAGCUCACGACUCGUCGCAAAGCUUCCAAAAAAGCACUUCGAACUGUCGGAUUACUCCUCGGCUGUUUCUUCUUGACUUGGUGCCCUUUCGUCGGCUUUUUCUUGUUUGAAAGCUGCGUUGAAAAUCUGAAGAACACGACGAGAAACCAAACACUCGAUUGGCUUUUGCUACUUGGCAUGUCGAACUCGCUCAUGAAUCCGAUUAUCUACGGCAGGACGAAUAAAGAGUUCAAACGGUUCCUCGUCGGAUUGUAUCGCCAGGCGAGAAGAGGAGAUAAUAAUGAAAUGACAAGAUCAAGAGCAUCAAGCGUUUCUAUCGUCUGCGGGACACAACAGAGGGAGCUUAUGAUGAAAAACUACGAAGAAAAAUGCGUCUGCCCGAGCUGCUUAGCAGAAGCUAAUCGCUCCGGAUUCCUUCACCCAAAUUCUGACUUCAACGAAAAAGACACGUCAAUGUCGUGUAGUGCACUAGAACGAGCACCAGCACUUUUUAUCCCUGCACGACGUGGCUCAACGAUCUCACUGAACGUCGUCCGAAAAUUUGCUUGGUACAAGACAAAUGUCGCUACUACGCCGAGUUGCUCAGUAAUGUGCAAGAAGAAAAUCAUUCAUCCAGUUCGUAGAAAGAAGCGGAAGAAUCAACGAACCUCCAAGGGCAGAAGUCGGGAUAGAAUUGACUCGAUAUCGGAAUUUUCUUCGACGUCGAACAACGAUGUUGAAACUGGAAUCGGAUCACCGUCAAGCGCUCUUGGAGGACUUGUUAUGAGCCCGCCUAGGAAAGAAGAGAUUACAUCGGAGAUAGAAGAGCGUGCCGAGGAAGCGCCCGUUGGAAAUCAAGCCAGUAAUGGAAAACAAGCCGAAACGAAAACCGCUGUUAGUCUUAAACUUUAA